AAGUCGGAUCCCAAACUAACUUCACAUAGACUUCACUUAGACUUCACAUACUAUAUCAAACAUUACAUCUACUUUAUUAAGUCACAUUCGCUAUCCCAACAUACGAGAUCCCAGGGUUAAAAACUUCUCACCAUAGAAAAUGUCUUGUCGCAUGCCAGAGUGUCAUCGUAUCCGGCUGAACGGCUCAGUAAUGAAGCUCGACCACGACAAGGACACUAGUCCUGGCGCCACAUUUUACUACUGCUCCAUCCACCACGUCUAUCAUUGCGUCGCAGUGAGGGCCCAUCGGCGUCUUCCGCAGCCACUCUGCGGGGAGUGCGCCUGGCUCUUCUUCAAGUUCCCUAAAGAAGCCGCCAAGCAUCCCGAGUCUGACAUUACCGCCACCGUCGGACCUGGUGACAUACCAGCCAUCGCAACCGCGACUACUUUCUGUCGUAGAGAUGUCUACGACCGCCUGUUUGACUUUCAGAACAGCACUACGAUCAAUACUGGUUCUGUUGCAAUGCCUUUAGAUAGAAACAAGCGUCCACUAUUAACCAUAGAGGAGAUACUCGACAAUCUCAACGAACGCGCCCGUAACUACCACAACACGUCACAGUCCAAUAACUGGAAGCACGUUCGUCAGGCUACCGAUAUAACAAGAAAUCCCAUAAAGGCUUCAAGUCGUAUCAAAUAGUAUUCCGGGUCCGACGAGUAUGACGCCUAUAUAACAGACGCGGACGGCGAUGUCAUCAUGCAGGAUGUCACAUCACCGUCAGAGCAGCAGCACAACCACCUUUCCACGAUCCCUGCUGGCAGAAUUGUACACUUACCUAUCCGACGACGUUGCGACGGAAGCCGGAGUGACUUCCUACAGUUUAUACCGUACGACAACCCGGCUGUUUUCGAUGUGCAGCCGGCACAAUGGCACCAUGUCCGUCGAGGAGUCUUCCUGUUCCGAUAUACGGACUACAGAGGAUGGCCUGCCGUGCAGCCGGCGGCGGAUGAGCGCCGCAUCAAAGCGUAUUUCAAGCCCCUUGAUGCCAUCGAAGGAGCCGGGGGAUGCGACAGGGUACUAAUCGAGGCACGCUGGUGGUGUUGCUGGGCCCAGGGCAUCACAUCCCUGGAGCCAGAGUUACGAUGGGUUCUAACACUCAUUUUUGACCUCAUUGGAUUUCUCAUCGAGAAGCAGUGGAAUGCUACGAGAAACUCGAUAAUAAAAGGAGCCAGGGAUUCGGUCCUUAAGCAGCUGUUUUGGGAAGGCCGGUCCUAUCUCCACAGCUUAAUGGCUAUCGUCAAAGACAUGAAGGAAGGGUUUGGCAUCGAAAACUUAACGGUCCCCCAGUUGCCCGGUAUUAUGGAGACUUGAUUAAAUUGCGGUGAUAUGCUAUUCGUCUUUCUGACUUGUUAUAGCGCUACAUGUCCUAUUUUUCUCCGGGUAGAAAUUAUCAUGAAUUAGAGAAACAAGCGAACAAGCUGUUGAACACUACUAUAAUGCUGUUCAUGCUGUCCGGUUAAUAAUCAAGUUAAACAAUGCGUGGUAACCUUCGUGAUUUGUUGUCGAGGGCAAGAGAAG